CCACCAAGAGGGCAGUUUUUGCCAAAAAGUAACUUUUUAGGGUUUUCCUCCGAGGUCAGCCUUAUUUUUCGCAGAUUUCAGGUGCCCGACGUAAAAUUUGGUGAAAAUGUUAUCACGUGCUGUGGUGGUAAGAAGGCUUCUUGCCAGCCGUGGUGUUCUGUCCGCCGCAAACUCCCGUCUGGAGCACACCCUCCCAGCCCUACCCUACGAGUAUGGCGCCCUCUCCCCAGUCAUCAACGCAGAUAUCAUGGAGAUUCAUCACAAGAAGCACCACGCGACAUACGUCAACAACCUCAACAAUGCGGAGAAGCAACUCCAGGAAGCACAGGAUGCUGGUGAUAUUGGGAAGAUAAUCGCCCUGCAGCCAGCUCUCAAGUUUAACGGAGGAGGCCACAUCAACCAUUCUAUCUUCUGGACCGUCAUGUCACCAGAUGGCGGUGGUGAACCUUCAGGGGACCUCUUGUCUGCCAUCAACCGGGACUUCGGCUCCUUUGACAGCAUGAAGGAGAAGUUAUCGGCAGCUUCCGUCGGUGUGCAGGGCUCAGGCUGGGGUUGGCUGGGUUACAACAAGUCCACGCGCACCCUCGCCAUCACAACCUGUGCCAACCAGGACCCUCUGGAACCAACAACAGGUCUGGUGCCACUGUUCGGUAUUGAUGUAUGGGAACACGCCUACUACCUGCAGUAUAAGAACGUCCGCCCAGACUACGUCAAGGCUAUCUUCAAUGUGGCCAACUGGACAAAUAUCCAGGGGAGAUUCCAGGCCGCCAUGGCUGACUCUUGAGGGCGCUCUUGGGAUAUUUGCAUAAAAUAAGACAAAAAAAAUGUAUGGGUGCAGACCUGGAAAGCCAAUUUUUUUCCAAAAACAGCAUAACAAGGCCAAUUUUGUGUUGCAUUUUCAUAACUUGGAAAGUUUUGCUCUUGUCAAACCACCAUAUUCCAAAAAGAACUUUCACCCCUUUGUGUAUUCAUGGAAUGAUCGUGUGAUUUCCAACGAUGAAAUUUACCUCCAAUAGUGUUGGAUUUAAUUAAAGUUAAAAGGUAAAAGUCAUGUCUAAUUUCACAAGAAUUGUGUGGUUUUAACUAACGGCCAGUUGUCAUGUUAGAUUCAAUCUCUUUGAUAAUAGAAAAAAAAAGAUUCAGAAAUUCUAAGCUGAAUGAAAAUUAAAAGAAAAGUUCAGUAUUUUCUUGCUCUUAUCAAAUGAAAUGAGUUUCAGUUGCCUCGGAAUGUUUUUUUUUAUAAAAACGUUGGCUGAAGCAGAGGGAUAAAUCUUUACAUCUUUUGGUUGCUUUGUAAGUCUGCAGCUGAAUUUCAACAAUCCUUUCUUCACAAAGAGAAAUUGUCAAAAAACAAACAAGAUUGUUUAUCAACAAUGGUUAUCACUAGUAAGGCUAGCUGAUGUGUAAUGGUUUACAACAAAUAGAACUUAAUGCAGUUUGAAAAAAUAUAUAUAAUUUUUAAACUUUCAAAUUGGUAAUUUUUUUGUGAGAAAAGAACAUUGCCAAUUUGUUUCCUGAUAUUAAGAACAAUCUCAAAUAUUUGCAAAAAGAAAGAAAUGUUUGCGUUGUGUGUAAUAAAAUGUUUUCAAAACAA